AUGGCAUCAGAAAUAUCUGUUUCCCUGCUAAGUAUCCUCGACCAAUUGCUUCCAGUUCUGGAAGAGAUUGAAGGCACUUCCCAGCGCUUCAAAGAGUCCCUGGCAAUCCUCCAGGGCAUACAAAGCACCCAGUUCGUCGAUGACCUGGCAAGGACGCGCUUGAAUGACGAAUCUUGUGCGAUCGUGUUUCAUCGUCUUGCUACUUGUCUCGACGAAGCUCGGAUACUGAAAUCGGAUUACCUUUCGGAAGCCUUCAAUAUCCUCGCAGAUGCCAGCAGGAAGCCGGAGUGGAGAUAUGACCUUGGUAAACGUAAAUCGCGAUCGAAACAUGCUGGUUGGCCGCCGAACCCCAAACACGAGUCCUAUGGUUACAGCCAUGAACAAUGGUUAGACAUCUCGGACACGCUGGCUAUCAUGCACUUCGUCUCAUAUCAAACUGCUGUGCUGACAACGGUCGUGCUUGAAUGUGGUGGCCUUGAAUUGUUGCUCAGGUGUGCGAACUUGAAACUGUGGCCAGAUACUGUUACGACCGCUUUAUGGAACAUAUGUGCCGAAUCGGAGCCCGAAGCCGGCGCGGCUGCUGAGUCUGCCAAUGAAGAUGAUAGCGAUAUGUCCACGAUAGCCUGCAUACAGCUGUCUUUGAGAUCUAUCCGGGAAUGUGAUGAUUUGAAUGGGAUGAGUCUGCUUGCCGGUGAGAUAGAAGAUGGACGUCGUCAUGCAAGUACCAUUAAAGAUUUGCUGGGCCUGGCGGACGCUGUCACAGAUGGAAGUUGGAAGGAAAUGGUCGCAGAGCUCCUUGAAAAGGCAACGUCGGGCCAGUACCACAUACCGCCCACAGGGAGUGUCAAGAACAUCAUACCGCGCGGAACACGAUUGAUCAAACCUGAUCUUCGACCGCAGGAUUUCCUUUCAGAGCUUUUGACAGGAUCUGGACGGAGACUUGCCAUGUCUCAUCCCGAAUGCAAUUGCGACGUUACGAGAGCUAUUGCAAUACUUCUGUCACAAGAAGAGAUGCAACAAGAGCUCAUCCGGGAGGACUUAGUCAGCACUUUUCUCGAGGUUCCCAGCUGGGAAAGUACCGCAUCGGAACAUAACGCCGCUGGCCAUAAAGUACCAAGGGCAAUGACAAUGGUUCGGCAGUCCUUGUUCAAAACCAUAUAUGAUGUAUCCGCACUAGCUGAAUUUGCUGCAAGGUACGCAAAGGUCAGUGAAUGUCCGAGGCUCGUCAGCAGCUGCAUCGAUGCGCUUGGCAAUGUAUCGAACAUGCGGCAGACCAAGGUGUCAGUCGGGGUGAUCCCAGCUACUUCAGCUUGCGUUGUCCUUGCAAACCUGACUAAAUCUACAGACUUUGCUCUGUUUCUCGUUCAACAUAGAAAGGUUCAUCUUGCUAUUGGUCUGAUCUUGCGACAGCGAGAGGACUCCACAACGGUGUUUCCAGCCCUGGCGCUUCUAGACAGACUUGCUAUCCCGCCCGAGAACAAGGUUGCCAUUGUUGAUGGUGGCAUCAUCUCUGAGCUCCUACGAUUCGUCAAUGACUUUGACGUUCAACCUAUGGUGCAGCGCGAAGCUGUCUCAGUUAUGCGGAAAGCCAUAAUUGGUUUCCCGAAGCACGUGUCUGCUAUCGGUGUCGGCAUAGCUGCAAAUGGAGGAUCGCGCACAAACAGCCAACUUCUCGAGCGAAACCCGGAGCAGAGUGGCCUUCUUGCCGCGCUGAAUCUAUUUCGCCGAACUGGCGACGGAGAUAUCAAAACUGAGGUUGGUCGACUUGUAGUCGAAGUCUGUCGCACCUUACGACACUCCACUCGAGGCCAGCCUGCACUCGAUGAGGGUGCGGUUCGCCAGGCAUUGGGCAGUGCCGACGACAUCGCAUCUCCGAUUUCUUUCCUGACCAUCCAUGGGCCAUCUCAGCAGGUACGCGGCGAAGGAUGGUUUGGUCUAGCUGCUCUUUCGACCUGGGAGUACGGAAGACCGUUCGUCGUGGACUGCCUGGCUGACGAAGCGGUACAAAAGGGGAUGGAGAAGGCUCUGGAAGGGAGCGAGCGCGCUUCGUGUCAGAAUAUCAGCUUAAUGCUGACAGAGCUUCGCUUGUUCCCAAGCCAUCUCGUUCCGAAACCAACUCGUCUUUUCCUGGAGAGCGCUGCCAGCAGUGUGGGACUGCCGGCCAUGUGGCCGGUGAUGGCUCCUGCGGCCUAG